AUGGAGCCUGUAACUCUCACAGUCAACCCAGGUGCAGAGGGGGCAUAUAACUCUGUUACAGAUGCAAUAAAUAAUGCUAACGUUGGUGAUACAGUUGCUUUGAAACCUGGUUUGUAUGAAGAAUUGCUUAAAAUAUUAAAGGAAGUUACAGUCGUUUCGGAACCAGAUGAUUCACUUGCAGAGAGUGAAGCAGUCAUUACAAAUGGAGUUGUGAUUGGAGCUAACGUUACACUAAGAGGAUUGCAAAUUCGUGGAAGAAUAGAUGUUCGUAAAGGUCAUGCUGUUAUUGAAGACUGUGACAUUCAUCACGGAGCUGAUGGUGUUCGUGUGGGAGAAGGUGCAAAGUUAACCAUUCGCCGUUCCAGAAUUCAUCAUUGUGAAACUGGUGGAGUUGGUGUUUAUUUUUCUCCUGGUUCUUCUGGUGAAGUGGAAGACUGCGAUAUUUAUGAAUGUCGUGUAAAUGGUAUUCAAGUCAAUAAUGCUGUUGUUACUAUUGGUAAUAAUCGAAUUCGGGAUACUAUAUUUGGUGUAUAUUACCGAGCCCAAUCAACAGGUGCAAUAGAAAAGAAUUCCAUAGAGCAUGUGCAGAAAUUUGGCAUUUAUGUAACGGAUGGCAGUGAUCCUGUUAUUCAGGGAAAUCAAGUGCGGGAGUGUGGAUUGCAUUGUGCCUUUGUCUCUCAAGGUGGAAAGGGCAUAUGGACAGAAAACAGCCUUGAAGGGUCUAUGCAUGUUCUCAGCGGCUGUGAUGCCAAGUUAGGCUCCAAUCAAAUAAGUGGAAAACUUGACGUGGAUCCCACUCCUCUGGCUGUGUGA